AUAAAUAUUGGGUGGUUUUGACUGUGAUUGUGAUUGUGAUUGUGAAAGGAUAUUGUUAUUACCUGGUUGAGUGUUUGUUUGUUAUAUUAUAUUAUAUUAUAAGGUUAUAAACGGUUGGAGGAAUAAGGUUACUGUGUAUAGGAUUUGAAGAUUGAUUGGAUUUUUGGUUUGGUUUGGUUUGGUUUGGUUUGUUCUAUUGGUGAUUGAGUAGGUGUUGAGAGAAAGAAAGAAAGAAAGAGACAGGAGUGAUAUAGUCACCUGAGCAACCAAGGGUUAUUGAAAUAUUGGGUCAAUUGGUGAAGGAAUUGAUUCGUGGAUUUCGUCACAGAUUGGUAGAUCGUUACAGGCGAGAUAUCUAUACUCCCAAGGACGUUUAUUUUCUUCAAGCCAUUCACAAAGUACCCAAGAUGGCUACGUUUGCACACAAAACCUUUUCCGCAGCCUCCUACGCCGCAUUCCGUCCCUCCUAUCCCCAGAGUUUCUAUACAAAAACCCUAAACUAUCACAUCGGGCCACGCUCUACCCUGCUCGAUCUAGGAUGUGGUCAUGGAGUUGUAAGUCGAGCGCUUGCUCCCCAUUUCGAAAAAGUGUAUGGUACGGAUCCCAGCGCGGUAAUGAUAAAUCAAGCGCGCAAAAUCGCUUCAGAAAAUGAUGCAGAGGGAAAUAUAGAGUGGAGACAAGCGUCAGCGGAAAAUCUAGAUUUUGUCGAGGAUGGGAGUUUGGAUAUGGUGGUUGCGGGACAGGCGGCGCAUUGGUUUGAUUUUCCGGGGGUGUGGAGGACGGUGGGCAGGAAAUUGAGGGAGGGGGGGACGGUGGCGUUUUGGGGGUAUAAGGAUAAUUUGUUGGUGGAUUUUCCCGAGGCGACGGAGGUGUUGGAUCGGUUUUGUUAUGGGGAGGGGGAGAGGUAUAUGGGGAGAUUUUGGGAACAGCCGGGCAGGGAGAGGUUGAGGGGGUUGUAUAGCGAUGAGGUGAUGAGGCCGUUGGGGGAUGUGUUUAAGGAUGUGGAAUGGGGGAGGUAUGAGCCGGGGUUGAAGGGGACGAGGAGUGGAGAGGGAAUUAGAGAGGGAGGGGUGGUGAUGGGGAGGAGAAUGAAGUUGGGGGAGUUGGAGGGGUAUUGGAGGACGUUUAGUGCGUUUCAUGGGUGGCAGAGGGAGAAUCAGGAGAGGAAGAAAAGGGAAGUGGGGGAGGAGGGGAAUGGUGAUGUGAUUGAUGAGAUGUUUGAGGAGAUGUUAAAGGUAGAACCGAAGUUGAGAGGGAAGGAGGGUGAGGAUUGGAGGAAUGUAGAGGUGGAAACAGAGUGGGGAACAGUGAUUCUGUUGGCGAGGAAAAAAUAG